AUGACAGACAAGACACCCCCGUCUGCUGACACCCUGCUGAAGGGUGCCGCAUCGCGUUCCGCAAAGACCCCCGAGGAGAUCGCCAAAGAAUAUGAUCUUCUCCCAAAACUCAUGCCCUACCUCGAUCGUCACCUCGUUUUCCCCUUGCUCGAGUUUGCAUCUGGCCAGGAGGAAGGAGAUGAACAAGUCGACGAGUUAACCAAGGCAAAAUAUGAGCUUCUGAAGCAGACAAACAUGACAGACUACGUCGCGAACCUGUGGCAGGAAAUCAACAACUCCGAGACAAUGCCUGAGGAAUUCGUCAAGAAGCGGGAAGAAGUUGUAAAGAAAUUGCAGCAAUACGUUGAGGACAGCAGCAAAAUCACAGAGCUUUUGCAGGACGAUAAUGUGGUCAGCAAUCUACGAAACGACAAGGCCGCGAACUUGAAAUUUCUUGAGGAACAACAUGGUGUGACGAUGGAUAUGGUUAAUAUUCUUUACGACUAUGGCCGGUUUCAAUAUAGCUGUGGUAGCUACGCAAACGCUGCUGAGCUGCUUUACCAGUUCCGUGUCCUGUCUACUGAUAACGACAAGGUUGCGUUUGCUACGUGGGGCAAGCUUGCCUCGGAAAUCCUGACCACUAACUGGGAGGCUGCGAUGGAGGAAGUCCAAAAAGUAAAGGAAUCAAUCGAUACCCGCCUGUUCAACAACCCGCUCGCCCAGCUCCAGCACCGCACCUGGCUGAUCCACUGGUCCCUCUUCCCCUUCUUUAACCACGACCCUGCCCGUGACACUCUGACCGAUCUUUUCUUCUCCCCGGCCUACAUCAACACGAUCCAAACCGCUUGCCCAUGGAUUCUUCGAUAUCUUGCUGCUGCAGUUAUCACCAGCCGCAGCCGUGCCCAUAAGAAUACAUCACUGUAUCAAAAGCAAUUGAAAGACCUUAUUCGCGUGGUACGACAAGAGCAAUAUGAAUAUCAAGAUCCCAUCGUAGACUUCAUUAAGGCGUUGUACAUCGAUUUCGAUUUCGAAGGGGCUCAGCAGAAGCUGGGCGAGGCGGAGGAGAUUCUGAGGAAUGAUUUCUUCCUCGUUGCCGCGGCAGAUGCAUUUGUCGAUGCGGCAAGACAUUUGAUCUCGGAGAGCUACUGCAAGAUUCACCAGCGUAUCGAUAUAAAGGAUCUAUCUACCCGACUUGGUCUGAACCAAGACGAAGGCGAGAAGUGGAUUGUCAACCUUAUCCGUGACACUCGUGUCGAUGCGAAAAUCGACUACAAAGAAGGGACUGUUCUUAUGAACCAUCCACCCCAGUCAGUAUAUCAGCAAGUCAUCGAGAGAACCAAGGGUGCAUUUUUCAGAACGCAAGUGUUGAGUGCGGCUGUCGCCAAAUAA